AUGGGCCGCUACUCGGGCAAGACGUGCCGCCUGCUGUGCAUGCUGGCGCUCACCGCCGUGUUCUUCGUGGCCGAGCUGGUGUCGGGCUACCUGGGCAACUCGAUCGCGCUCAUCUCGGACUCGUUCAACAUGCUGUCGGACCUGAUCUCGCUGUGCGUGGGGCUGGGCACGGGCCAGCUGGCGCGCCGGGCGCGCCGGGGGCCGCGGGCCACGUUCGGCUACGCGCGCGCCGAGGCGGUGGGCGCGCUGAGCAACGCGGUGUUCCUGGCGGCGCUGUGCUUCACCAUCGCCGUGGAGGCGGCGCUGCGCCUGGCGCAGCCCGAGCGCAUCGACGACCCGGCGCUGGUGCUCGUGGUGGGCGCCCUGGGGCUGGCGGUCAACAUGGUGGGGCUGCUGGUCUUCCAGGACUACAGCGCCUGCCUCGCCUGCUGCCGCCGCCGCCGCCGGGGCCGCCGCCCCCCGCCGCCGCCGCCGCCUCCAAACCCGCCGAUCGGGGCCCAGGGCGCCUGGGGGGCCCCCCAGGGAGCGGCCAUCGGGGCCCCCGGCCCGGACGCCGGCGUCACCGCGGAGAAGGGGGCGACCGUGUUCGCCAACGUAGCAGGUGACUCCCUGAACAUCCAGCAGGAGCCCGAGGAGGCGGUGAGAAAGGAGAAGAAGUCGGAAGCCCUGAAUAUCAGAGGUGUGCUUUUGCACGUGAUGGGCGACGCCCUGGGGUCGGUGGUGGUGGUGAUCACGGCCGUCAUCUUCUAUGUGCUGCCCCUGGACCCGGAGGCCCCCUGUAACUGGGAAUGCUACAUUGACCCCAGCCUCACCAUCGUCAUGGUGAUCAUCAUCCUGUCGUCUGCCUUCCCGCUCAUCAAGGAGACCGCCAUCAUCCUGUUGCAGAUGGUCCCCAAAGGGGUCAACGUGGAAGAGCUGAUGAGCAAGCUGGCAGCCGUGCCGGACGUCAGCAGCAUCCAUGAGUUGCACAUCUGGGAGCUCAUCAAUGGGAAGAUCAUCGCCACCCUGCACAUCAAGUGCCAGAAGGACAGGGGCUACCAGGACGCCAGCCGGAAAAUCCGGGAGAUCUUCCACAGGGCGGGCAUCCACAACGUGACCAUCCAGUGUGAGGCCGCGGACUCGCCGGAGCCCAUGGAGCAGCAGAGCGACACGUUGUCCCUCUGCAGCUCCCCCUGCGUGUCCAAGGCCUGUGCCAAGCACCUGUGCUGCCCUCCACGGGCACUGCCCCUGGCCCACGUCAAUGGCUGCGCCGAGCACAACGGCUAUCCCUCUCUAGACAGGUACCAAAGCCAAGGUCUCGGGAGACCAGACAUCUCAGAAGUGGCGAUUGAAGUGUCUCCGGAUGACCGUGUGAGUGGCCAUGGACCAGCUUUCACUAAAACUCAGGAGGACCAAUGUCAUGCCAACAGCACCCAUUUUUAA